AUGACAGCCACAGCCACCGACCGGGAAGAGGGAACGGGGACGGGGACAGGAACAUUCACGCUCCUCCUCUUCGCCGCAGCGAGCACCUUCACAGGCGGUCUGGAGACGCUGCACCUGCGCGCGCCCACGACCCUGCGCGACCUCUUCCGCACUCUCGAGACGCGCUUCCCCGGCAUAAGCCACGCCGUGCUCCGCAGCGCGGCGGUGACGGUGAAUUUGGAGUAUGUCGAUUUCGACCCCGACGAGGUCGAGGGCGGUGAUGAGAGAGAUGGGGAACGGGCAAGUGGAGGGGGAGAAGGAUUGGGUCUGGUGAUUAAUCCUGGCGAUGAGGUCGGGAUAAUCCCACCUGUGAGCAGUGGUUAG